CAUCAACAUCUUGCUUUUCCCACAUCCCUAACCAAUAUUGCAUACUAUUCAAUGCCUAAUGACUUAUAGACUUACAGUUAUAUAUUUGCUAUGAAAUCCAUAAUUAAGCAAGACAAACGUUUUUAUAAGAUAGGGAUAGGGUGAAACCAUAAUUAGUCACAUUGAGUGAGGGUAACGUAACGUAAGCAAUUUAAGAUAGGGUCAUUUGUUUGAGUUCUGAAUUUUCAUCCGGUAGUAAAUUGUAAUUAAAUGUUAGAAGUUUAGAAUCAAUAGUAUUGAAUGCAGAACCGGGCAUCAUGCAUUUCGUUUUCUUCACUAUAUUUUGUCUUUACUGAUGUUUCUCUCCACAGGUAUGCCAGAAAACAGAAAGGAAAUUUCACACAUGGAAAAUCCCAGGAAGAGAAAAAGCCCGUGUCUUUUGUCACCUUCAAAUUGAAAUUGAAUCCUUCCCUUUUUCCCUCUCUCUCUGUGUCACGGUGCGAGCAAAUUCUUUCUUCGCGUGUCCGUGUCGGUUUAUUUCUGAACCCUAAAGGGAGAGAACGUAGGCAUUUUAUAAUGAGAGGCAUAGCGUCUUGUUACAACGAACAUGCCAUUCGCGUGUCCGAUUCCUAUUGCUCAAGGCCCUCAUCAAACCAGGCCUAUCUCUGUCCCAAACUGAACCCUUCCACCAGAGAUUCAGUUACCUGCAUGUACAAACUAACGCAAAAACAACUCUUUGUCACGCUAACUUGGGCCAAGAAACUCUUGGGCCAAGGCUUCAGCAUAACCAUCUCCAAUUCAGAAAUUUCUCCGUCCAAAUGCAACGCAAGGCAAUUGAGAAAGAACAAAGGCAACGAAGCAUUCGAAUCCCAUAGUUUUGAAAUUCAAGUUUUGUGGGAUCUGUCUGUUGCAAAGUACGAGGAAGGGCCAGAGCCGGUUGGUGGGUUCUACGUGGUCGUUUUGGUGGACUCCGAACUGGGCCUGCGCCUGGGGGACAAAAGCCCAAUUGAGGAAGUUCGGGGCUUGGAGGCGAGAUUCUGGAUGGUUUCGAGGAGCGAAACGUUUUCCGGCAGUGCCGUGUACGCGACAAAGGCGAGAUUUUGCGAGACGGGGAAUUGUCACGAUAUAUUGAUAAAGUGCGGCGCGGAGGAGGGAGGGUCGAAGAGUCACGUGUUGUCCGUGUGCGUGGACAAGAAGACAAUGUUCGAGGUAAAGAGGUUACGGUGGAAUUUUCGUGGGAACCAGACAAUUUUUGUGGAUGGUUUGGUGGUGGAUAUGAUGUGGGACUUGCACGAUUGGCUUUUCAAUUCCAAUUCUGCAGCCUCUGCAGUUUUCAUGUUCAGGACAAGGAGUGGCCUCGAUAGCAGGUUGUGGUUGGAGGAGAAGACCUUGCGUAAGGAACACGACAAAAUUGGCUUCUCUUUGUUGAUAUGUGCCUAUUGAAAUGAUGAGAAAACUUGAUGGGAGGAAUGAAGAAGAGUGGAUAUGUUUAUCUUUCACACCGUUUGUUUGGAGUUGAAAUGGAUAAUGAAUCCCCAAACUAUGUGGGUUCCAUAGGAGAUAAGUCUCUCUUUUCCUGGCAUGAAAUUGCAACAGGGAAAGGCCAAAAUACCUCUUUUCGGUUCUACUUUUUGGAUAAACAUUUUCCAUGUGCACCUUCCACAUCAAAUAUGGCCUUGUCGAGUUCUAGACAAGGUUGUUGUUUUAAAGAUACAUGACUAAUAUCUUUAUUUGAGAAAUUGUUAAAUAUUGACCCCAUAUAUACUACUCAUCUUAGACCAAAUAACAAUGCAAGAAUUACCUAAAAUCAUUGCACCAUUUGGUCGGGCUUGAAGAGUUGAGUUUGUAUUGAUGCCAUAAGGCUCAGGUUUAUUCCCCUUUUAACCGAAGUGG